AUGAGUUUCAUCUUCGGAAAGAGAAAAACUCCCGCAGAGCUUCUGCGGGAAAAUAAGAGGAUGCUGGACAAAUCAAUUAGAGAAAUUGAGCGCGAGCGGCAAGGUUUGCAAGCACAAGAGAAGAAACUGAUUUUGGAGAUAAAGAAAAGUGCCAAACAAGGCCAGAUGGGAGCUGUUAGAGUUAUGGCAAAAGAUCUAGUUAGAACAAGGCAUCAGAUCGAGAAGUUUUACAAGCUAAAAUCUCAGCUCCAAGGUGUAUCCCUCAGAAUUCAGACUUUGAAAUCAACACAAGCAAUGGGUGAAGCUAUGAAAGGCGUGACAAAGGCAAUGGGGCAAAUGAAUAGGCAGAUGAACUUGCCAUCUUUGCAGAAAAUCAUGCAAGAAUUUGAGAGACAGAAUGAGAAGAUGGAAUUGACAUCUGAGAUGAUGGGAGAUGCAAUAGAUGAUGCGUUGGAAGGAGAAGAAGAUGAAGAAGAAACCGAAGAUCUAGUGAACCAAGUUCUUGAUGAGAUUGGAAUUGACAUCAACCAAGAGCUUGUAAAUGCACCAUCAUCAGCUGUUGCUGCCCCAGCUGCAAAGACCAAGGUACCUCAAGUUGAAACUACUGGGAAUGAUGAUGGAGGGAUAGAUAGUGAUUUACAGGCAAGGUUAGACAAUUUAAGAAAAAUGUAA